UUUCCCCCGUCCCCGGCUUGAGCGGCCAAUGCCCCUUCGCAUUGCAGGCCGCGUGACAAGGGCCCCCUGCAUGGCAUGCGCAGGCUGGCUUGUGCUGUGCAAGCUCAGCUGCUAUGCGCUCCCGCGCUGGACGUUGUAGAGGGCGCGACAGAGGAGAAGGAGGAGGAUCCUGGAGGGGAGGCGAGGGGGAGAGCAGGCACGGCCCGAGGCUGGCGGCAGUGCGCGGGCGCCGGCGAGGGCAGGGCCCUCGGGGCCGAGGCGAGGAGCGAGGACUCGCAGGGUCCUCGGGGUCCUCGGGGUCGAGGCGAGAGCAGGGUCCUCGGGGUCGAGUCCGUGCUCUGGAAACCUGCGUCCUUCGCUCGCUCCCGAAGGGCGGUGCAGGCCCCCCCCCCGGGUCACGCCAGCCGCGGCCGCGUCGCGGGCGGGGCCUCGGCCGCGGCCUCGGCCUCCAGGGCGCGCUGCCUGGCCGCCUUCGGCAAACCCUGGACUCCUGGGCCGCCGCGCGCUUGCGCUGGAUGUCCGCGAGCUGCUCCGCGGAGAGCCCCACCGCCCCGGCCCGCGGCGCCGCGGGCGCCGCCGCAGCCGCUCCGCCUCCGUGGCCGGCGAAGAGGCGC